ACGAACAUGAACAUGAAACUAGCAGUUUAGUGACAGAAAGAAGCAGUUGGACAUUUAUAAGUAUACAGUAAGUGUGUUUGAUUGCUAUAGUAUAUAAAAUUUCAUAGAGUGAGAUCACGGAAAAACAAGAAUUUACAAAAUUUAGAAGAAGCUAUAUAAAAGUUUAUCUGAGACAGGGAAAGAAAAAGAGAGAUCAACUUGGAGACCACACAACCUAACCAGGUCCAUCUGGUCACUUCAGGGGAAAUACAGUUCAGCCAUUCAGAUCUAAUCAAGUGUAUUGUUUUUCUGACGUCUUCCUGAUGGGAUCAGAUAAUGGGAACACCUCCUUAAACAUGACCAACCAUUCCGAGGAUGAGAGCAUUGUGAGUAACAAUAUCUCUGUUACCUUUGGGGCCCUCAUCCUCAGCAUUGUCUUCCUUCUGGGCGUUCCUGGCAACCUCUUCAUUAUAUGGAGCAUCCUAGCACGUGCCCGCAAACGCUCCGUCACCACCCUGCUCAUCCUCAACCUGGCUUGUGCAGACGGUUGUCUGAUGUGUCUGACAAUUUUCUUUAUAAUAUACCUAGCCAAGCAGAACUGGAUAUUUGGAAGUGUCAUGUGCAAGCUGCUUUUUUACUUGUGCAAUACAAACAUGUAUGCUUCUAUUAUGAUCAUUACGCUGAUGAGUCUACACAGACUAGUGGCAGUGAUGUGGCCCACAUACUUGACUGCCUGCACUCGUAGACGGACAGUAUUACUUGUGCUUGGUGGCCUGUGGAUUGUCGUAUUUCUUUUGGCACUUCCGGCUUUGAUAUUCAGAGAAGAAAUUAAGAAUGACAAUGGGAAGGAACGCACUGUGUGCGCAACUCAUCACAAGAGUUCAAAGCAUGUGGUGUUUCAGUACACUCUUGAGACAGUGGUGGGCUUCCUGGUGCCAUAUGUGAUCAUCGUCAGCAGUUAUGUGUGUAUCCUUCGCCGCCUCAGACAGACCAUGUUCAAGAGAUGGAUACGAAGCGAAAACCUUAUUCAAGCUAUUAUUGUGACGUUCUGCAUUUUUUGGCUUCCUUACCACAGUAUUAAUAUAGUGCAAGUGGUAGCAGCUCUUACGCCAAAGGAAUCACCGCUCAAAAAGAAACUGGAUGACAUCUGGCAGUCGAGCCGUGCUGUUACAUCCGCUCUGGCUUUUAUCAGUAGUUGUGCCAAUCCUGUCCUCUACGCCUUUGCUGGACGCUCCUACAUCAAAGCUGAUGGCCUGGCAUUCAUGGCCAGACUCUUUGAGGGCACUGUCCUGGACUAUGGUGCACGGAGAGGACGUCAGAACAGAGAUGUCAUCAGGCUCUAAACCUCAUAGGAGCACAGAUACAUAAAAACGAAUCUUGGACAAUAAAUUAUUUUUUUUAAUCUGUUUGAAUUGUGACUGA